AUGGCAGCUGUACAUCUCUUUCCAUUCUCUGUGGAUCAGGAUUGCUCAAUCAACUCUCAAACAUUCUUGCACGUAUCCCCUGAGACACGCGAGGAACAUCAACACAAGUCCUUGGACACCCUGCAAACCGUUGUGCGAGGUCGACGUUUGGUGGGUCUUGACGUCAAACUACCUGAUACCGUACAAGGACACCUCUGGAAGGAAAAGGAUGAUGACGAUCAACACACGUGGAUAAAGCAGAAGGCUUCAAAGAUCGAUCGAUUCGUUUUAUGGAAGAAGGAUACUGCACCAAGCGACCAAGAUCCACGUUUGAAAUCAAUAGAAAACUGGUUGAAUGUUGCUGAAUGUAUUCAUGAGCCGAUACCCAUUGACUAG